AUCGCUAGACGCACGCCGUGGGCCGGCUCUCAUGCUCAGUCGAGAGAGUACAGUGCGACCGUGCGGACGCCUUUACAUCCUUUUUCCCUCCCCCGGAGCACUUACGGAAGCCGUGUGCGUGCGUGCGAGUGUGUGUGUGGUGUGCGGCGUGAGAAGCAGUAGUGGUAGCAGUAGGUGGUGGUUUGAUUGAAAAGGCUCCGGUGGUGUUUAAUUAUUGUAAAGUGCGCACCAACUGCAAGUGACCAAUGUUUGUGGUGUUUUUCGAAGGAAGUUUUGCUGCAAAUAAAGCUGUGAAUUAAAUCAAAUGUGAUUGAAAUAGUGUGUGUGUGUGUUUGAGAUUGUACGUGCAAAUCAGUUCAAAUUGAAAUUUUCCGCAAAACCCUAAAAAAUCCGACCACUCCGACCGUUCGACCGUGGCGACGAACCUGUGGCGAUCGGGACCGCUUUCCCCCGGCAUGGUUUAAGGGGCUAUGGGACGGGCAGCAACCAGUUUCAACACAUUUACCAACGUAUUGAUGCAGUCGUAAUCAACGUGCUGAGACGGAAGAGAGAAAACAGUGUAGUGACAGAGUCGGGUGGACGGCGGCGCGAAGAUGCCGUCACGGACUGCCCUAUGGACGUGGAUAAAGCUCCUCGGGCUGGCGCUGGCGGUGCUGGACCACGCGCCGGUCGCGGCCCAGUCAAACUCACCGCAGACCUGCCCGCCGGGUAGCGACAUCAGCCCGUGCGUCUGCCAGGUCAAGAAGAACGGGCUCGACAUCCUGUGCGAGGCGACGGACGUGCAGCACAUCACCAAGGCGAUGAGUGCGCUCAAGGGCAAGAGCCCGAUCAUCUUCUACCUGAAGCUGCGCCACAACAACCUACCGAAGCUGCAAGGGUUCGUGUUUCUCGCGCUCGACAUCCGGCACCUGACGAUCCACAACAGCAGUCUCGCCACCAUCGAGGAGACGUCGCUCAGCUCGCUCGGACGGGGACUUACCCAGCUCGAUGUGUCCCAAAACCAACUGAUGAGCGUACCGUCGAGCGCCCUCAAGAACCUGCACUAUCUGCUGAUCCUCAACCUGAACCACAACCGCAUCUCGCAGAUCCACAACCGUGCGUUCGAGGGACUGGACACACUGGAGAUUCUGACCAUCUACGAAAACAAACUGACGUUCAUCGAACCGGACGCGUUCCGUGGAUUGGACAAGAAGCUUAAGCGGCUGAAUCUGGGCGGCAAUGAUCUUACCGCCGUCCCGCAGAAGGCUCUCUCGAUGCUGGAUAAUCUGCGGAAGCUCGAGCUUCAGGAGAAUCGCAUCAAAACCAUCAAAGAAGGUGACUUCGAAGGGCUGGAGAAUCUGGACUCGUUAAUCUUGGCCCACAAUCAGCUAACGGAAGUGCCGGCUCGGGUAUUCUUCCACCUCACGCUGCUCAACUCGCUCGAGCUGGAGGGUAACUCUAUCUCCUACAUCGCGAAGGAAGCAUUCGAAGGAUUGGAAGAAAACCUACAGUAUCUUCGCCUGGGGGACAAUAAUCUCCACAUCAUUCCGAGCGAAGCGCUGCGCCCGCUGCACCGUCUCCGGCAUCUGGAUCUCCGCUCGAACAACAUCUCCGUCAUUAGCGAGGAUGCUUUUGUGGGUUUUGGGGAUUCGAUCACCUUUUUGAAUCUGCAGAAAAACGACAUCAAGGUCCUGCCGGCACUCGUGUUCGAAAAUCUCAACUCCCUCGAGACGCUCAGCAUCCAGAACAACAAGCUGACGCGCAUACCGGAGGAGGUUAUGGAGCCGAUCAUGGACUCGCUGCGUGUCGUCGAUAUUAUGGAUAAUCCGCUGAUCUGUUCGUGCGAGCUCGUCUGGUUCCCGAACCUGCUGCGCGAUCUGAAAAACCGGGACGAUGAGAUGACGCAGAAGAAGCGCCCGAUGUGCACGAUGCAGAACGAGCACCGGGAGUACUACGUCCAGAACAUGCCGCUCGAGCGGAUGAGCUGCGUCGGCAAGAAGUACCACACGUCGUCACUGAGCGGCAACGGGAGCACGGGCCGGCCGGGUGCGACGCUCCUGUCAACCGUGCUGGCCGCCCUCGUGACCGGAAGCACCGUGAUUGGGUACGGUCGGUUCGUCCGCUAGGCGCGCGGGUGAGUAAAAAGGGAGAACCGCGUUGCGAAGGAUGGGAAACGAUCCUUGGCAUGUUAGUAGGGUAGCGUAGGGUAAGAAAGAACAAACAAACAACAACAACAAACAUACAAUCUAAGGCUAGCACAGCGAAGGGAAACAUAUGGCGUGGCGUGGAAUAUAUUUUCCAGCGAGCGAACAACACCUUGAGAGAGAGAGAGGGAGCGCGAUGGAAGUGGAAAUACAAAUACAAAUGUCACUCUAAUUUUCCAACACUUGCACACUUUGGUUUGGGGUGGGGAGCGCGUGUGUGGCCGGGAGCUCGGAACGCACGCUUGAUCGCGCUUGAUCUUUCUUUCUUUUUUUAUCGACACACACCCCAGCCACGUCACCACUGGGUGAUGGUGUGCCCAUGUGCGUGUGUCACAAAGGCAAACAAAAAAAAAUUACAAACCAAACAAAAAAUCACAUUACCAAAGAGUCUUUCAAUGAAGUAAACUAUGCAUACGUUUCCGCGUACGCGCACGCCCCUUUUGGUCUCGCGGUGCCGAUCACUCGUCGGCGCACGGGGCCCGUAGGGGAAAGCGUCCGGAACAAGGGAAAAUGGUGUUAGCUUCCAACGGUGGAGAGAGAGAGAGCGGGAGAGAGAUAGAAAACGAAGGAGAUAGGAUGGCUAGGAAAAAAGAGGAAAAACAAAUGUUACAAGAUUUUUCAUACAGUUCGUACACACGCUUCAAGUAUUGUUCAUACACACUCGCCCUGUAGCAGCAAAUCACGCGUAACAAACACACUCACAGUGGUGUCGUUGUGCUUCAUCGGUUUCGAAAGCUUGUUUUCCCCGCCCAUGUUGGUGCAGCACACACUCCUAGUAGGCGAUGGAUGGAAAAGCAUCGCACCCGAUAUCAAGUCAAAAUCUCAUCUUAGUCAUCCAGUGUGCCAUGCUAGGGGCUAAACACACUCUCACACACACACAUACCAUAUAGCUAGUAAGGACGACUUUAUGACACGUUCGACACAGCUCGGGUAGGCUCGGGAGGCCCUACCCUCCGUUUUCAAGUGUUACCCCCUUUUAACGAAACGGAGACUUUUGCCAAGUGUCAGGUGCAAGGGUCCUCGCUUCGUGCACUGGAAACGAUAACAUUUCAUGGAUUUGUAGCAGUUUUUGUUUGGCGUAUUUUGUAUCUCAGAGUAUCCUGUUUUCAAAUCUAAAUGCAUAUUAAUACCCCUAGCGUCUAGCCGAGGGGGAGGAAGGAAAAGAAACAAUCCUGAAGAGAUGUUGAUUGAACACAUAUCCAAGAGAAGGAAAAAGCUAUUUAAACUCUAUUUACAGCGCGUGUUGCAAGCCUUCAAGCAGCACGUUUUUCUCGUGUUUCUGUGUGUUUUUUGUGCACGGAACUAUUUACAAAACUAUUCAAACACAGUCACACACACACAUGCACUGAAUGUGAAGCGUUGAAACAGAACGUUGAAAAAGAAUGAAAUGAACAAUGGAAAAACAUAUCAAUGGAGCUAAUUCUACCAUUCUACCGAUGCACACAUCUUGAUGCAACGUUUGCAUUAUAUUAUAUACCUACUGCAUGCAUAAAUAUAUACACCGUAUACACGCAUAUAGUUUGCGGAUUUAAUAAACAAAAAAAUAUUGCACACAAUGUCAAACUAAAAGUAAGAACAAAAAAGCGCGCCUAAAAAAAAGGGCCAAAAACAAACGCAAUCCCCAUUAUUAACCUUACUAAAAAUGGAAACACGGAGGAAAACAUGGAAACAUAUCAAAUGGAAGAAUUUAAUUGUUGCAUUAUAUGAACAAACAAACAAACAAAAAAACAGAACAAAACAUAUGUCAGUAGAUGUCUAUAUACAUAAAUAUAUAUAUAUUUAAAGAAGAAAAAAAUAAGAAGCAUUAAAUAUACUCAACAAGAAAACGGAAAACUAAACACACAAAAAUACACAUAUCAAGUAUUCUACCAGUGUAAGAGCAUUUAAAAAUAAGCAUAAGAUACCGGUUAGAUAAGCCAACGUGAAGAGCAAAACAAAAAAAAGGAGGAUAAAACAGAGCAAAUAGAGAGCAUACAAUCAUGUUUGUUACAUUUUUGAUACAUGAAACCUUUGCCUGUACACAUCUAAUGGUGCCCGAUUUUUUAGAAACCAGAACAAAACAUAAAAAAACCCAUGGUUUCGUCCCGAUUCCAACUUCCAGCAAUACAUAUCAACCAAACCCACGGUUUGUACGGUUCAUGAGACAUAUCAAAGGGAGGACUCUUGAAUGGUUACGCGAUAAGAGUAGACACAAUCCAGACGACUGCUAUCAUCCCCAGGAAAAAAAGUAGAUAACACAAGUAGACGCAUUGCGCGGUACAUAAGGUACAUACAUAUCAAUCUUUUUUUCCCCGAGUCCCUACGCGAGCCUCUUUAAAUCAGGCAAAAAAAAAACAUAAAAAAUGGGACGUGGGUUGAUAAAAUCAUACCAUUACACCCGUGGAUGUAUCUUUCCACAUCCUUUUUGCGGAGUAGACACUCACACACCUACGCUACAUAUCCAAAACAUAUCAUUAGAUGGUAAGACAUUAAUCACGCGCUAAACACACACUUUUCUCCCCCUUUUAAGCACCAUUGCUCCAAGGGACGGUGAGCAAUUGGGAAGGAGUGCAAAUGAUUCAUUUGUAAGUGUAAAUCUCAAUGAUGAAAGUCCACAUGUACCCUAAGCGUUCUUGGCGCCAGCGUGCGCUCUGUUGCGUGCGUCGGUGUGCUGUAGAUCGUUGUUCACUUUCAUGCAUCUUCCUUUCUUUUUCCCAGUCGAUGUCAAUUACACACUGUUAUAGAAGUUUUGAAGCUUGAAAAGUUUGCUUUUGCACUGCAACACGCACUGACUCUGACUAAAUGUAGCAAAACAAAAAGCUUAGCUUUGUCUCGUAACUUCGAUGUCAGCAAUCGAGCACGAGGUCCGUACGGGCAAUGUUAAAGUCUGUUAAGAUGACUACCAAAAGCAAAGCGAAAACUCUUUGUACAGGUUGAUCAAGGUUAAUACAACACACACACAUUUUCCCAUUCAGUGCAGAUGAAAGGCGAACAAAACAAGCCGAAAUCAUAGUUUCACAGUUUCACGAGCUAGAUAAGUGUUUCUGAGCCACGUGUAGCAAGCAGUUGCAGUUAGUUGCUGUGUUUAAGGCAAAAAUAUCAUCCAUACAUAUCGAUAGUAAGAAGCAUUACGCUGCUCACGGUGCUGCUCAACAGACAGAAACGGUGAGACGCAAACGAUUUACACUAACAGUUCGAAUUCUUAUCUGCACCAUUGUUUGACGCCGUACCGAAGUAUGCUUGCAAGGUGUUUGUUAUUGAAAGUACAGUCGAUUUUCUGUCAUUUUUUAUCGUUGCCGCCACACACUGCACCAUCCCUUACAAGUGUUUCCUACCAAAUGUAUUGUUCAAUUUGCCAAAUUAAUGUUUGCCGGUUUGGAGGUAAUGAAAACAAGACAAAAACAAAGCACCAGAAACACUCUCCGCAGCGAGUACACUGGUUACGCAUUCCUUUUUCUUCACUCCUUUAGAUGUUUGUCUGUGCUGUGGGUGGUAACUGUUUGUGCAGAUCUGUAUGUGCGUGCGUACGUUUAAACCCAUCAUUUUCCCGUCCCACGUUGGUUGGUUUGGGGGUGUAAAACAAAGGAUUAAAAGGGAUAGAGACGAGCAAAUAACCCUCUUUAAGGAGCGUAAGUGUACGAAUCGUUCUGGUCUUAAGUGUUCAAUUUCAAUCACUUUCAAUCUCGAUGUUCUUGUUGCUCGUAACGCGGUGGCAGCUAAUGGUGUGGAAGGUGUAAAAGCGAAGAAAAAAAACUAAACACUCUCUCACACACACACACUCAGACAAAGAUAAUCUCGAAUUUCAUACACGUAUAUAUUUGUACACAAAACUUUCAAGUAAAUACCGAAUACGGAAUGCAAUGACUCUCAACACUGUGUCAAUAAGUGGAAAGGUAAAAGCAUUAGAAGGAAAGAGAAUGUAAAAGUGAAGCGAAAAUAUCGACAAAGAAAAACAAGAUCCCAACAGACAGAAGAGAAAAAAAAACAAAUCAUAAUACAUAUAUUAUACAAGAUAAGCAAGCAAAAGAGAAAACAAAAAUCGCAAACUGUUAAACUAAUUGUUCAAUUUAUUUACGAUAAACGGAAGCUUGUUGUUACUGAAACCAAUUUUCACAAGUUCUUAAGAAACAACACAAAAACAUAACUGGCAUGCAAAAAGAAAGGAAGAAUCUCAAUGUAAGUUCAGAAAUUUCUCCAAAAAUAGCAUCUAAACCACAAGAUAAACCAAAACAGCAAUCACAAAGAAACCCACUCGCCAGUGUAGACAGCAACAGAGGUAGUAGCUGUGUAAGUAUUAGUGCUAGAACAGAGCAGUAGCGGCAGCAGCAGCAGUACUGCAGUAAACACGCAAUCGAAAGGCAAACGGGCAAUCUGUAGCGCACCGUAGCUAAUCGUAUACCGCUGCUAGUAGACACUGUGAAACUCCCAUUAGAAAACGGCAAUAGCACACACACACUAGGUGAAAAACACACAUAGACGUGGUGGAUCUGGAGUCCGGAGCGAUGAGUCCGAGCUCCGAGCGUAGUGUCAGCGAGCUAGGGCAGGUGGUGGUGAAAAUGGAGUUAUAUUUGUAUUUGCAGUUUUGUUGCAGUUAGUGCAAGGAUUGCGAAAGUAGAUCGAACAACAUCAGAUCGGUGCUUUUGCGCCACAAUUUCUUGUGCGAUUCCUUGCGGGUAGGUAAUGUUGGUGAUGAAGCGGUCGUGCAUACAUCCAAACGUGCAGCAAAACUGUGGUGGUGAUGUAGAGUGCAAUUUGGUGUAAAAGAAUGAAGCGAAAGAGAGAGAGAUAGUGUGUGUGUACGAAAGUACAUUGGAAAUGAAAAGGAGAGAGAGAGAGCUGUAGGAGUGUGUGGAGAAAAGGAAAAGCCAUAAAUGCGAUGCUAAAUAAUAAAGAAAUUUUCCCCGAAUUGAUUCGGAAAGCCAAA